AGGGUGGGAGGGGUCUCACCUCGUCCAACGCCCUUCCUGUGCCACCAUUUUGGAGAGGCCUUGGUCGCGCCGGUCAAAACUUGGACUCCUUCUGGAGUCUUCACUUUUCCGUGACUAGAGUGCAGAGAUUUGGUAGCAUAAAUGGCGGCACUGUCCUUAUUCCAUGGCCACCGCUGACUCCGAUGAGGAGACCAUCCUGCAAUUCACUUCUUCAGUCUAUCUCCGAAUAAGGAAUUCAAAAACAUCCCUCAUCGACCUCAACGACACCUCGUCCAGCCGACGACCCCCUUCUAUCGCUUCAUCAGUCUGUGGGUCCGUCCGUUCCACUCGAUACGACACUAUCACUGAGAAUCCCACCGACGAGCAACCACAGCUUUCAACCGACGAUCAACUGCUGCUUCCAACCGACGAGCAUCCGCAGCUUUCAACCGACGAAGUCUUCAAACCAACCGAGGGAGAGGUCCCGACGUACCCGUUCAGCGACUCCGGAGUAAGCUCACUCGAAGAGGUAUUUGUCAGAGACCCUGAAGAUAGAACCGAGGACACAGAGACAGAAGUAGAGAAGGACCCAAACCAGGUAGAGAAAAAGAAAGUGCUACUUGACGACAUAAGAGCUCUUGGGCAACUGGGAAGAGAAGAUUCGUCAUCAGAGAGUACCUUGUCCAUAGACGAAAGCGACAGGGAAGAGGAGGAUACUCCUGUUCAUAGCACCGAAGACUCGGCUACAGAAGAAAACGUUACAGAAUCUGACCCUGUCAAAUUGGAUACAGAGCUUACUGUUCAAGCAUCGGUACAGGAAAGCAGUACAAGUCAACUCCAGGAGGAAACCAUCCCAGAACCGGUAUCUGCUAGUAGCAGCAGUAGCUUUGCUAGAGAAGAGGAAGAGGAGUCAGAGGAAGGGAUGAGUACUAAGCAAGCUGCUCAGACACACGACGCACGCACGUCCGUUCUGGAAGACAUUCGCAAAAUCGGUGAGAAGCGAUCACCAGAUAUCAUAGACGACCAGUUACAAAGCAAGAAGAGUAAGCCCUCUUAUACUUCGUCUGAGUCGGACGAUAGUUUGAGGAAACCACCUGGGUACACCCCGGCUGUAUCAGCAACCCCAGCCGAGGAGGUACAGUCCUCUCUGCCGCCGGGUGGAGCAAACCCUCCCGUAAGGGAACCACAGGCAGGCUCCCACAUCCCACAGAGCGUCCUCGCGGGUGGUAAACCAAAAGGCGAGCCUACUAAACCUCGGGGUGUCCAGGAAGGAAACGUCAAGAAGAAGGCAAGCUUCUUUCGCAAGAAAGGGCAGAGCGACGAGGAGCUAAGCAGACAACCGUCACCGCCACCAAAGAUAAGAACAUCAGGACCUGGCGUCAUGGAUAGAAUCAAGACCUUCUUCGGUCGAGAAAGGACCAGCUAUGACCUACAACAGGCACAGACCGACGUCGGCAUCAAGUACGGCACGUCUCACACCUUACCUGACGAACCGCGAGAGCGCAAGCCACUUUUGGAGCUACAGGAGGAAGCUCCCAAACUAAGGAAAGCAGACGUAACGGUAGUAGAAGACGAGGAGAACAGCCUGCCUACCCCCACAGUGGUGAGGUCUCAUCAGGCAAACUCCAGGGAACCUGGUACAUCGUCUAGUAGCGGUGCUGAGAAUCUAAAAGGUUCGCUGAAGAAGGCUGCAGUGCCGGAAGUUAAAGCAGCACCAGCACCAGCAAUCAAUGCCUCAGCUGCUGGUCCCACCGCAGCACUUCCGACAAAGGAGGCAAAAUUGGAGAGGAAGACAUCCUCUUCAUCCCUCACGUCUGCAAGCAGUCUUGAUCUCCCCAAGAAGAAAAAGCUGAAAAAGAAGGAAAGGAAGAGUUCUACUUCUUCUAAGAGUAGCGUGUCCUCCCUUAGCAGUGUGGAUGACAGGAAGACAGGGCCCAUGAAUAUGGAUGCUGAGGAUUCCAAUCUUCCGCCCAGCAGGGUGGUUGGAUCAAAACCAUCCUCGCUGAAGAUGAAGACCAGUCCUGUGUUGGAAAGCACCCCUCCCCUCGAGGUACAGAAGCCGCCGUCUCCCGUCGUGAACACGGCUCCUCCGAUGGCUACGAAGAAAACACCAUCUCCGGAGGUCAAGGCCUCUCCUCCUGUGGAAGUACAGAAGGCGCCACCUCCUGUCCAGAAGGCACCUCCUCCGGUUAAGAAAGCGUCUCCUAUGGUUCAGAAGACGCCUCCUUCGGUUAAGAAGACGCCCCCUCCGGUUAAGAAGACGCCUCCUCCGGUUAAGAAGACGCCCCCUCUGGUCCAGAAAACGUCUCCCCCAGUCGUCAAAGCGUCUCCUGCAGUUGAAGUUCAGAGACCGCCUUCUCCGGUUAAGAAAACAACCCCUUUUGAUGAGGUAAGAGCACCUUUUCUCGCUGCAUUUUUCUCCUUUAGACAAAGCGCACACGCCUUCUCCAGCAAAAAGCGCUACACUGUCGAGAAAGCUCUAGCAAAACGGGCUUGGUCUGUAGAAAAAGUAGACGCACCUUGGCCUUCUCAAGCUAAAAGCUUUUCACCUGUAGAAAAAGUAAGCACACCGUUCUCACCCAUGAAUGCAUCACCCCCGAUCUUAUCAAGCAGUUCUUUGCCCGUACAGAGACCUGCUGCCAGGCCCGCUCAACUGAAGAAGACCCCCGAGUCACCGCGCGUGCGCGAGCCCGUCUCCCCGGUGUAUGUCGUCGAACCUGCCGAACCUGUGAAGACCACGCCCCCUCCUGUUCUACCUCAGGCUAACCAGGUGACCCAGGUCGAGACGCAAAGUCCCGCCCCGCCUGUAAACAACAGCGUGUCCCUGCAAACUGCCCGCAGCCCGACCGAAAUAGAAGGGGCUCGACAAUCUGUUCUCGGCAACAUCAAGCAACUUCGUAAAGACUCAUCGUCGUCGUCGUCGUCAUCAUCGGACAGCGAGGAAGAGGUCGCCCCGACAACUGAGGCCCCCGCCGCGACUCCAGUCUUCCCAACUGAAGCAACGCCUACUGUUGUCGAAGAGGUGCGUUCGGCCCCACCACCCGUUAUGGAGGCGCCUAAAGACAAAUCUACUUUCGAAAAGAUAAAAGACAAAGCUGAUGACAUGUUCAGUAAAAAGACCACCCUUAAGGCAAAAAGGAUCGAGGGUAGGGAGAUUGAUGAUGUCGAUCAGAUAAAGGAGAUACUUAAGAACAAGAAAGGAGCGAAGAUAAUCAUUGUGAGUGAAGAUGAGCUGACUUCGAGUUCCAGUAGUUCGAGUGACGACGAGUACGAGAAACCAGCAUCACCCAUGCCGGAACAAGUGGCAGUAGCCACCGCAGACGAAGCCCACUCUGCCCCUCCUCCUUCUAAACUCCUCAAUGGAGAACCAGAAACUUCCGGAAAGGUGAUCGUUUCCGGGUCAGGGCUGGGACAUGUUCCGGUUCACCGCACGGCCAAAUUCAUGGUCAGCGCUGAAAAUGUGGAGGAGCUACCAAUGGAAAUCAUCGUUACGGGGCCGAGGAAGGACCGACUCCCGUGCCGAUAUAACGACGCCAACGGCAGCAUUCAGGUGGAAUAUGUGCCCGAAGAAGUCGGUGAACACGACAUCUCUGUCAAGUACAACGGCACAGAAGUUCCCGGAGGUCCGUUCGUCUGCCACGCCUAUGACAUCACCAAGAUCAAGGUCAGCGAGGCCAAAUGGGACGUCGGGAAGGACGUCGAAGUUCCGAUCGACACAUCACGAGUCGGCCAGGGGAACCUCAGCGCGUCUGUCACCAAAGAUGGCCGCGACAUCGGCAGCAAGCUGAUCGACCAGGGAGACGGCAAACAGAUGCUGUCCUUUAACCCGGAGGGUGUCGGUCUCUACAACAUCGGGCUGACCUUCAACAAGACGAAUGUGCCUGUGCGCUGUCCAGUGAUCGAUCCGAACCAGGUAGCUGUUCGCGGUGAGGGCUACAGACGGGGACAUUACCUACCAGUGGGGGAGACCGUGUCUUUCAACGUGGACACCACAGAGUCAGGCGAUGCCCCUGUGGUAGCAACCGUAACAGAUUCGGUAGACCGCGACGUCCCCUGCGACGUAUACAAAGAUGGUUCCAUCUAUACGGCAACAUACACACCCAAGGAACCUGGUGACCACAAAGUGAACGUGAAGUUCGCGGGACUGACCGUGGCCAGUAGUCCGGUGACUGUCCACGCCUACGACGUCAACCGCGUCAGCCUGGGUCCACUCAGCAAGAGGGACGAACUAGGAUAUGUGUCCACCAUCGUGGACACUAAGAAAGCUGGAUCAGGGAUACUGAACACGUCAGUGACCACCAAAGACGAGACAGUGCCUCACAACUGCGACAAACUGGACACUGGGAAAUACAAGGUCUCCUUCCAACCCAAGAGACUUGGGCAAUAUGAAGUCCACGCCGAGUACAACGACGUCACAGUUCCAGGAUCUCCGUUGGUGUACGAGAACUUUGACACGAGCGACAUCGUGGUUGGCGGGGAAGGGUUAGGGAACGUGCCGGUCGGGAAACUCGCCAAGUUCCAGGUGGACGCCAGCAAGACGCCGGGGGGAGACGUGGUGGUCAAAAUAGCAGGACCUUCAGAAGACGCCACUGUGCAAGGAGAGAUUGUUGAAGAAGACGACAUCUACACAGUAUUGUAUAUACCAGCUGAAGUUGGUGAGCAUGAGUUUCUGGUCCUGAAAGACGACGUAAACAUCAAGGGUUCGCCGUUCAUCUCACACGCGUAUGAUCCUAGCAAGAUCCAGGUGACGAAUCAGAGUAAGGCCAAGAUCCGAGAUAGGGUACAGAUCCAAAUCGACACCACAAAAGCUGGAAGAGGAACGCUGGGAGGUGAAGUGAGGUCCAACGGAAGAACAAUUCACAGUCAAAUGUCAUCUACCCAACCCGGGCUGUACAGUCUCUGUUAUACUGCCGAUAAGUCCGGGCAGUAUUCCACAAUCUUAAGGUUCAACAAGGAAGACGUGCCGGGUUCGCCGUACGUCUGUACCGUGGCGUCGGCAGAGGAGGUGCAGGUCAAGGGAGAGGAACUAGUUCCUGUGGGACAGAGGGCAUUGUGGGCAAUAGACACGUCGCGCGCCGGUGACGGCGAAGUCACCGUGAAGAUUGCCGGUCCCAGGAAGGGGGCGGACUAUGCCGGUAGUGUGACCCCAUCGGACCAGGACAAGGUCACCAAUGUGGAGUACCUUCCGAGUGACGUAGGCCAGUAUGAUUUCUUGGUGCUCUUCGAUGGGGAGCCAGUGAAGCAAAAGCCUUUCGUUAGCCACGCUUACGACGCCUCGGCUGUGGCUGUGAACGCGCAGGAGAGAGGGAAGAUCGGGAAGGAGGUUUGUCACAAAGUGGACACCACGAACGCUGGACAGGGUGUCCUGAAAGCUGUCGUGGCGGCAGGUGGACAGGACGUUCCAUCCAAGCUGAGUUCGGCCGGAGAGGGGCUGUACGAUCUAACGUUCACCCCCAAGAACAGUGCAGCCCAUCUCACAACCUUCUCCUUCAAUGACGAAAUGGUUAAAGGUUCUCCGUUUACAACUGUCCUGUCGACCCCAGAGGACAUUGUGGUGAUGGGGGCAGGGAUAGGCGACCAGAAGUGUAUCCCCGUCAACAAGGAGGCCAUCAUGAAAAUUGACGCCACCAAGGCUGGAGACGAAGAGGUCGUCGUCAAAGUGGCUGGACCUACGGAAAGGGACUUCCCUUGUGAAAUGAAUGCAGAAGACCAAAUCUACAGUGUCAACUUCAUGCCCGUGGAUGUUGGUGACCACAAGUUUAUGGUGAAGUACGGGGAGGAAGAAGUCAAGGAAAGCCCGUUUAUCGCGCACGCCUUUGAUCCGAGCAAAGUCGAGGUGCAAAGUGUCCCCAAGGCCAAACUUGGACAGCAAGUGUCUUUGAAAAUUGACGGCAGGAACGCUGGCAAAGCUGAACUUACCGGAGAGAUCAGUAAGGACGGGGACAAGGUGCCGUCUGAGCUGUGGAAGGCGGAUGAUGGGCGGCAUUUGAUGACCUUCCUUGCCAAUGAACUUGGGACGUACAACGCCCACAUCCGGCAUGGCGGUUUCCCUGUGGAAGGGAGCCCAUUCCCGUGCAAAGUGUACAACAUGGACGCCGUCGAUGUCCACGGGGACGGUGUGAGCGAGACCCUGCCUCUUCCUGUCAACGAGAAGACCACAUUUUACAUGGAGACAAAAGGACCAGGCAAUGUGGAGGAUGCCUUGGUGAAGGUGUCAGAUCCCACGGGAAAAGAUGUACCUGCUAACAUCACAGCACACAACGGAAUUUACCAUGUAGACUACACCCCCAGAGAGAUCGGUCAACACAAAGUCAGGGUGCACUAUGACGAGAAGGAGGUGUCAGGCAGUCCCUACACCGUCAACGUUUUCGACGCCAAUAGAAUACGCGCUGAUCCAGACAGGACCGCCACAGUCAACCAACCAGUCAACAUCAAAGUGGAUGCAAGAGAUGCUGGUCCAGGCAAGCUGACCUACAGUGUCGACCCUGACGUUCCUGACGUGAUGACAGAGCCGUCCCGUGACCAGUACCUUGUACAGUAUACUCCGACUCAACCUGGAAGCUACAGUGUGGAUAUGAAGUAUAACAACAAACCUGUACCAGGUACACCAUUUGUGUGUGAUGUCCAGGCAGAACCACAAAUUGGUGUGGCUGGAAGUGGGCUGUUAAGAGGCUAUGUUGAUGAAAAGGCCACAUUUGACAUUAAUGCCCAAAACUGCAAGCUGGAAGAACUUGGCGUCAGGAUCUCAAACAGCAAAGGUUUCGUGCCUCACGAGGUGGACAGCCAAGGGGACCAACACAAAGUUAUUUACACGCCAAGAGAUGCAGGACCUCACACCGUGGAUAUUGUGUACUUUGGAAAACAUGUGGAAGGUAGUCCCUUCUAUCCAAACAUCUCUGCACCAGGAAAUGUUCAGAUCCUGGGCAAACCAGGAGAGAUGGUGGCAGACAGACGGAAGCUGCCUCUCACUGUGGACAGGACAUGCAACGUGGAGUUAGAUGCGUCCACCGCUGGACCAGGAACGUUUAAAUCAGUGGUGCGGGGUCCGUCAGGAGAGAUCCAGUCCUCAGUGACUGAUGUAGGAAACGACAGGCAUAACCUGAAGUUCACACCUCUGGAGAAGGGUGAUCACGAGAUCUCUGUCCUGUACGCCGGCCGCGACAUCAAGCACUCGCCCUUCCGAGCAGACGUACAGGAACCGGACAUCGUACAAGCGAUAGAUGACCAGCCAGUCCAGCAGUCAAUGCCACCGCCAGUACGGGCACCCUCCCUGGCAUCGCAGCCGCCACGUUCACCCUCCCAGUCAUCGCGCCCGGUGGAGGCUCCUUCACCCAUACCCCAACCUGCACUGGUGCCAGAACCGGCACAGGUGUCUCCACCUGAACAGGUGGCCCAGCCGGCACAGGUGCCACCACAGGCACAGGUGUCUCCACCUGAACAGGUGGCCCAGCCGGCACAGGUGCCCCAACCUAAACAGGUGGCAACUGAGCCUGUAGGUGAUGUUAUCCUGAAGGGGCUGCCGGAGUACGCCAACGCCAAGACACCGUUCCGGGUUCACGUGGACACAAGACCUGCACCUGGGGGAGGGACACUGGCUUCAAGGUGUUUUGGACCAAGCAAGUCCUCGGAUGUGCAGCUGUAUGACUUUGAGAACGGCACCUAUGAGCUCAAGGUCACUCCCAAGGAGAAGGGCAGGCACACACUGGAGGUGGUCUAUGACCAGAAACAUGCUCCAGGGAGUCCACAUGUUUUCGAGGUUGGUUCCAAGUCUGACUACAAGAGGGUGAAGGUGUUCGGACCAGGCCUGAACAACGGCAUGAUUAACUACUACAGGGGGAACUUCCUGUGUGAUACACGCGGGGCAGGGGAGGGCGAUCUGUCCGUCAGGAUUCAGGGACCCAAAGGUGCCUUUAAGGUUCGCAUGAACCCAUUGGCGGAGAACGAACGUGUCAUAGCUGUGUCAUACGACCCCACCUUCCCCGGGAACUACGACAUCACGGUAAAGUGGUCUGAUAAACAUGUCCCUGGCAGUCCCUUCAGGGUGUACCUGGCUCCCCCCUCUUCUGAACCAAUGGGACAGCCCGAGAUACCUCCCAUGAUGCAACAAUCCAUACCGAGGUCAAGGGGGAGCAGUCGAUAUUAAUCCUUAUUUAGUUACUGGUUAAAGGAGAUAUGAAACACUUUCAAACAAACAUCAUAUAAUUGUUUGAACUUUACUAGUAUUUAGUUACUGGUAAAAGAGAUAUGAAACACUUUCA